AUGCCGUCGCACUGUCCCGAUGAAAGUGCUCGUGCUCGGGUUAAGCAGGACAGGGACAGAUUGUAUGUUAGCACCAUUCACCGCUCAAGUUUCCGUAUCCUGACCGCCGUAGCGAUUAAGAAGGCUUUACUUAAGCUAGGCUAUUCAGAUGUAUAUCAUGGCUACACCGCUGCGACGGAGAAUCCCCGAGACUGUGAGAUGUGGCUGGACGCAAUGGCCGCGAAGUGGGACGGGGUAGGGAAGCCUUUCGGCAGAACGGAAUGGGACCAACUUCUUGGUCAUUGCCAAGCAGUGACCGAUAUACCCGCCGCAGUCUUCGCCAAAGAACUGAUUGAAGCAUACCCCGAAGCGAAAGUCAUACUAACAAAUCGCAACGCUGAAGAAUGGCACAGGUGA